AUGGGGUCGAGGGAGUGAGGAAAUGGGGAGAGGGUUUGGGGGGGUCCUGGGGGAGAGCAGCACCGAGGCCAGCAAGACCCUCCCCAUUGUUGAGCUGCUGAACUGCCAGGCCAUCCCCGAGGUGCAGGUGACGGCGUGCUUGGUGUGGAAGGACUGGCCGCACCGCGUGCACCCGCACGGCCUGGUGGGCAAGGACUGCAGCAACGGCCUCUGCCAGGUGCGGCUGCAGCCCCAAGCCAACCCCAGGCACAGCUUCAGCAACCUGGGGAUCCAGUGCGUGAAGAAGAAGGAGAUCGAGGCGGCCAUCGAGAAGAAGCUACAGUUGGGCAUCGACCCCUUCAAAGCCGGCUCGCUGAAGAACCACCAGGAGGUGGACAUGAACGUGGUGAGGAUCUGCUUCCAAGCGUCGUACCGUGACCGCAGCGGCAGGACCAGGCAGCUCAGCCCCGUGCUGUCCGAGCCCAUCUUCGACAAGA